GCUCGUGCCCACACGUAUUGCCCCACACGGACACAUCCCUCGCACAGUUUCAAGGAAACGGCACGCUUUAAAAGGAGGAACCCAAGCUGAGCGGCUCGGGGACAGGCGGGGGCAAAGGCAGCCCCGUCCUUACAUAACCAUUGCUUGAAGAGACGCAAGCCCCACGCUCACCCCUCGCGUUUUAUGACUCGGCACUUUCCCCGGUGACUUUGCCCCUGGCAGUGCUGGGAGCAGCGGUCCCUGAACGGCUCUCCGGCCACGGUCCUGCUCGCUCACCACAGUAUCACCCAUGGCGAAUGAAGCCAAACCCUGCCCAUGCAAUAUUGGAGACAAAUUUGACUAUGAAGGUUGUGGGCAGGAAGUACAAGUUGAGCACAUCAAGGCGUAUGUUUGCAAACCAUCUGGCAAAUCAGACAAAGCCGUGAUCGUAAUUCACGAUAUAUUUGGAUGGCAACUCCCAAACACCAGAUACAUGGCCGAUCUGCUCACAGCUCACGGAUACAUAGCCAUCUGCCCAGACUUUUAUGUGGGACAAGAAGCUUGGAAACCUUCUAAUGAUUGGGCUUCUUUCAAUAAUUGGCUAAAAACUCGAGAUUCCAGCAAAAUAGACAGAGAAAUUGAUGUCGUCUUGAAGUACCUACAGGAACAAUGUGGUGCCAAGAGGAUUGGGGUCAUUGGUUUUUGCUGGGGUGGAGCAGCAGUACAUCAUGUGAUGCUGAAAAAUCCUCAUAUAAAGACUGGGGUGUCCAACUAUGGAGUGAUCAGAUUUUUUGAGAAUGGAUACAAUUUACUUCAUCCCACUUUCUUCAUUUUUGCUGAAAAAGAUGAGCACAUCCCGCUGGAGCAGGUUACCCAACUGGAGCAGAACCUUAAAGAAAACUGUAAAGUUCAUUAUGAGGUUAAAAUUUAUCCUGGUCAGACUCAUGGCUUUAUACAUCGCAGGAGAGAAGAUAUCAAUCCUCAGGAUAAACCUUAUAUUGAGGAAGGAAGAAAGGAUAUGAUCAACUGGCUGAAUAAAUAUAUUUAGCGUCAAUAAAAUGCCUAUAAGAAAAACAAUUUAAUUUUAGGAACUCAGCAAAUGAUAGACUAUUGCUUAAUAUA